AUGCGGGCGGUGGCGGCGGUGCUGGCGGCCGUGCUGGCGGUGGGGGCAGCCCUGCCCCGCCCGGGGCUGCUCCCGCACGGCCCGGCCCGUGGCGAUGCCCGGCUCCGGCCCGGGGAUGACGAGAGCUCGCCCGCGGUGCCGCUCCGCCGCGCCCUGCGCCUCUACGGCCGCACCGCCCGCCGCCUCUACGUGGGGACCAACGGGGUCAUCUCCACCCAGGAUUUCCCCAGGGAGACCCAGUACGUGGAUGACGAUUUCCCCACAGACUUCCCUGUCAUCGCUCCCUUCCUGGCCGACCUCGACACCUCCGGGGACAGAGGGAACAUCUACUACCGGCAAGAUGACUCUCUGGACCUGCUGGACCAGGCUGUGGGAUACAUCCAGGCUGGGUUCCCCCGCACUGCCGGCUCCUUCGUGCCCACCAAUGCCUUCGUUGCUACCUGGGAGAAUGUGGGUGCUUACCAGGAGCUCUCCCAGGACACCGAGCCCUCCACAAAGCUCAACACCUUCCAGACAGUCAUAGCCUACAGCGACGAGGACACCUACACCAUCUUCCUCUAUCCCGACGGCGGCCUCCAGUUCCUGGGGACGCGGCCCAAGGAGUCCUACAACGUCCAACUGGAGCUGCCAGCCAGGGUGGGCUUCAGCUGGGGGGACGGCGACGACCCGAAGAGGGACGGGCUGUUCCACAGCCUGGCCAGCAGUGAGCAGGCUCUGAGGAACCUGGAGCGGGAGAGCAACACAGGGAUACCUGGAGUGUGGGUCUUCCGUGUGGGCAGCGUGGACCACGUGGAGCCAGGAGGCAGCGAGGGACUUGGUCCUGGAGUGCCGCACAGUCUCCCUGUGCAUCCUGAUCCCGACUACACCCGCACACUGUACAGCCAUGCUGACCACGCAUCCACGGAGCUGCCAGCACAGCAUCCCAGCCAUGGAUCCCGCACCCCAGUGCUCCUGGGCUUUGUCCCUGAGAGGAGGGAUGCCCAGGAGCGGAGCCGCCGGCUGUACCCCGACGGGGACGGUGACACCCGGCAGAGCUACUCUGCCAACCCCUCUUCCUACAGCUCCGGGCACCACGGCGUCGGCGUGGAGGAGGACGUGCAUUUCAACCCCGAUGUGUUCACCUACAGUGCCUCCAGCAGGGAGACCUGUGCCCAGCACCACGGGCGCUGCUCCCCGCACGCCUUCUGCACCGACUACGCCACCGGCUUCUGCUGCCACUGCCGGGCCACCUUCUACGGGAACGGGCGGCAGUGCCUGCCCGAAGGGGCCGUGCAUCGCCUCAACGGGAAGGUGAGCGGGAGCCUGACGGUGGGACGGGCGUCCGUGCGCUUCCAGGACGUGGACCUGCACGCCUACAUCGUGGGCAGCGACGGCAGAGCCUACACGGCCAUCAGCGGGGUGCCCCAGCCCGCUGCCCGCGCCCUCCUGCCCCUCCUGCCCGUCGGGGGGCUCUUUGCCUGGCUCUUCGCCCUGGAGGAACCCGGCUCUGAGAACGGCUUCAGCGUCACCGGUGCUGAAUUCACCCAGAGCCUGGAGGUGACCUUCUACCCUGGGGGGGAGACGGUUCAGGUCACUCAGACAGCCGAGGGCCUGGGGCCGGACAAUUACUUGAGCCUCAAGACGCACAUCCAGGGAGAGGUGCCAUUUCUCCCUGAGAACGUCACUGUCCACGUCACUCCCUACAAGGAACUCUACUACUACUCCAGCUCAGCCGUGACGUCCUCGGGCCAGCGGGAAUACGUCGUGGCCGCGGGAACAGCCAACCAGACCUUGUCCUACCGCCUGCGGCAGAACAUCACCUUCUCCGGGUGCUCCCAUUCCCGCCUGCCCGCGCGGCAGCAGCUCAGCGUGGCGCGUGCCUUCGCCCUCUACGACGGCCAGGAGCACGUCCUGCGCUACGCCCUGGCUGCCCGUGUUGGCUCAGCACAAGAUGGUGCCGGGAAUCCCGCGGUGAACCCGUGCCAUGAUGGCACACAUGGGUGUGAGGCACCGGCGCACUGCCAGCCUGGAGCAGGGAUGGAGUACACGUGUGAGUGCCCGGCCGGGUACCGCAGAGACGGACGGGGCUGCCGAGACGUGGACGAGUGUGCCGAGGGCCUGAGCCGGUGCGGCCCCUUCACCGUGUGCCUGAACGUGCCGGGCAGUCACCGGUGCGAGUGCCGCGGCGGGUACCGGCCGGCGGGGGACGGGCAGGCGUGUGUGCCGCUGGCCCCGGCGAGUGACCCCUGCGAGGACGGGAGGCACCCCUGUGCGCCGGGGGGCCGCGCGCGGUGCCUGUCCCGCGGCGACGGCCGCCCCAGCUGCGAGUGCCUCCCGGGAUACACCGGCGACGGCAUCCACUGCUCCGACGUGGAUGAGUGUGCUGAAAACCCCUGUCACCCGGCCGCCACCUGCUACAACACGCCGGGCUCCUUCACCUGCCGGUGCCAGCCUGGCUAUGAGGGUGACGGCUUCCGGUGCACGUAUGCGGCGGGAGGGAACCCGCAGCGGCUGACGCCCUGCCAGCACGAGCAGAUGUACCCACGGGAGGUGCCACCAGGACGGUACCGGCCCCUGCAGUGCCACGGCAGCACCGGGCACUGCUGGUGCGUGGACGCUGCCGGGCAGGAGAUCGCCGGCACACGGACGGCGCCCGGCACCACCCCGCCUCGCUGCGGGGGCCCAGAGCCCACAGAGCGGCCGCCCAGCAUGUGCGAGCGCUGGCGGCAGAGCCUGCUGGAGCACUACGGGGGCAGCCCCCGCGGCGACCAGUACGUGCCCCAGUGCGACCCCCAGGGACACUUCACCCCGCUGCAGUGCCACGGGGACAGCGGGUACUGCUGGUGUGUGGACGAGAGCGGCAGGGAGAUCCAGGGAACGCGCUCGGAGCCCGGCACCGCCCCGCCAUGUCUCCCCAGCGUCGCGCCGCCCACCGUCCGGCCCUCGCCCCGGCCCGACGUGUCCCCACCGACCACGGGGACCUUCCUGCUCUACGCUCAGGGACAGCAAAUUGGAUACCUCCCGCUCAACGGGACGAGGCUGCAGAAGGAGGCGGCCAAGACCCUGCUCUCCCUGCAUGGCUCCAUCGUGGUGGGGAUUGACUAUGACUGCCGGGAGAAGAUGAUCUACUGGACGGAUGUGGCCGGACGGACCAUCAGCCGGGUGAGCCUGGAGCCAGGGGCCGAGCCAGAGACCAUCAUCAACUCAGGACUCAUCAGCCCCGAGGGCCUGGCUGUGGACCACCUGCGCCGGGCCAUGUUCUGGACCGACAGCGGGCUGGACAGGAUCGAGAGGGCGCGGCUGGACGGCUCCGAGCGGCGCGUGCUCUUCGACACCGAGCUCGUCAACCCCCGCGCCAUCGCCGUGGACCCCGUCCGAGGAAACCUUUACUGGACGGACUGGAAUCGUGAAGCUCCCAAAAUUGAAACUUCCACUGUCAAUGGAGCCAACAGGAGGGUCCUGGUGCACACAGACAUCGGUUUGCCCAAUGGCCUGACGUUUGACCCCUUCUCCAAGCUGCUGUGUUGGGCAGAUGCAGGCACAAAGCACCUGGAAUGCACAUUCCCUGAUGGCACAGGCCGGCGUGUCAUCCAGAACAACCUCAACUACCCCUUCAGCAUCAUCAGCUACGCCAACCACUUCUACCACACGGACUGGAGACGGGAUGGGGUGAUAGCUGUAAAUAAAGACACCGGCUCCUUCACCGAUGAGUAUCUUCCAGAGCAGCGAUCCCACCUCUAUGGAAUAACAGCAGUUUAUCCCUACUGCCCUGGAGCGAGGAAAUAGUAACUCCCAGUUUCAAGGAAUCAACAAUCUUUGCACCCAGAAGAACUUCAGACCCAGAAAACUGUCACUGCAUGAAAGGAGGGAAAAGCCCUCAGCCAAGGCCAACCAAGCAACCUGCUUUCCUGCAAAAAGUAUUUUUUUUUAUGGUUAUACCUCAAGACUUUACUACUGUAUUUUUUUACCAAGUGGAAAACAUUGAUAUAUUACCAAAAAAAAAAAAAUGGUCCUGGGCAUCUCAGGCCAUUACUCAAACUCUUGCUUAAUGCAAGAAGGUUUAAAAUGUAGCUUUUUUUUCUUUUUUAAUCAAAUGUUUUAUUUUAAUGGAAGAAGAAUGGAUUAAUUUUUAACGGUUUUGACAAUCUGACCAACAGGUGCUUUUAUCCCAAAAAUAAAAUUAAGUGCCUAUGGGAAGCUUUGGAUGCAGUAUCUCACUGGGUCUGAAUAACCUACAGCCCUGAAGACAGAGACUGUGUGUGCUCCAAAAAAGGUGCAGAACAGGGAUGUGACGUGGCAAAGGCAUUGAAGAUUUUCCAGAAGAUGAUUCUGUGUUCUCACCACUGCCUCAAUGCAUGUCUUUUAGUAUUUAUAUUAGAAGAAUAUGCUAGAAUUGAUCUGUUCAUGCUUGUUGGUUCUUCCAAGUGCCUUCAUAGACCUACCCAGUGUAGACCAAUACAUGUUCAGAAAUACCCAGUUACCUUGUAAUGCUUCACUUUUUCUAGGUUACUUCAAUAAUUGAAUAAAGAGGUUGGUUUAAGUUUCC